GGGGCUCAGGGAAGAUUCUGUCACAGUUCCCACUCGUUUCGUCCAGAGAAGUGAGAGAUUUAGCGAGCAAAGUCAGAGGAUUGGGCGCAUGCCGAAAAAUGUCAUAAAGCUGGAUGAUUUGCGGAGGAAAACCCUGGAGCGGAUAGAUCAGGCACGCGCGCACGCGUGCGUGAGGUCAAAUCAAGAACAGUUCGAUCAAUUCGCCCCGACAAGAGCAGGAUCGAUCUGAAAGACAGAGAGGGAGAGCGACAGUCUGAGCGGUUCUUGCCCGUCCGUCCUCCCAUCCUCGGAUCCAUCUCUUUCUCUCUCUCUCUCUCUCUCUCUCGCUCUCUCUCCCUCGACAUAUAAAUAUAUAUCUAUCUACGUAUUAAUCUUGGUCCGCCAUGGAGAUGCCUGAGGUCAUCGUCCACGGUGCCUCCACUGGUGCCCAUCUAUGAUGGAUGCUGAUGAAGGCUGGCUGAGCGAUAAGAUUUUGCUUCUCUCCCUCGCAAGAAGAAAAAGGCAUGAGUCGGACGAGCUGCUGCUCAGCUGGGACGCGCGAGUUGCCGACCAGGAGCAUCGUCAUCUCUGUGUCUGCCCGGAAAUGGAAGGAAGAGGCUUCGAGGGGAGAUCAGAAAAUGUCGAGAGGGGAGUUGGGGCAGUGAGCGAGGGGUGGGUGUUGGAAAACCGAACUAUGUUCGGAGUCGAAGACGUGGGUAUUUGUGAAUGGACAUAAAGCAAAGGAGGAAGAUCGAGCCGUCUUGCAAGUAUGAAGGAGAUCGGGGUUUGACAUGUCUGAGAUUCAUCGAGGAAUUGUUUGGUCAAAGUCUGUCGGUGGGACUUCUUGGUUUGGGAAGAGGCGGUGGUGGACAGGAGAAGGCAGGCUGCCAUGGCAUUUGUGGCAGUGCUCGAGGCCGAUUUGCGGGCACUGUCAGCGGAGGCUCGGCGGAAGUAUCCUCUGGUCAAGGAUGCCGCCGAGCAUGCAAUUCUCAAGUUAAGGUCACAGUCAGAUCCAGCCCAACUUGCUAAAAGCGACGACAUCGUGCGAACGUUCUUACUCGCAUGUGAACCGAAAAAUGUGAAACUCAGUGCUCUAGGUUUGGCAUGCAUGCAAAAAUUGAUCGCGCACGAUGCCGUCGCACCCACAGCGCUUGCGCCAAUUCUCAGUACAUUGAAGGAGCACUCGGAGAUGUCUGAUGAGGCAGUGCAAUUAAAAAUUCUGCAAACCAUCCUCACCAUUCUUCAGUCCCAACUGCAUCCCCAGGAUGAGGAGAGCAUGGCAGUGCUGCUAGGGAUCUGCCUGAGGCUACUGAGCAAUAAUCGAAAUGCCGACAGUGUUCACAGCACGGCAGCGGCGACUCUCAGGCAGGCAGUCGCACUGAUUUUUGACCGAGUGAUCACUGCUGAAAAGCUCCCGGUGCUCAAACCUGAUAGCAGAAGUAGGAAUGCUCGUUCCAACUCCGUGUCAGGCGAUGUGAGUCGUAACAUAGCUGCAUCCAAAGCCGUGGAAGCUGCCCUGAAGGACGAGUCCUGCACCGUGACAUCUAAGUCCACUCUUACCCAGGCAGGGCGUUUGGGCCUUCGGUUGUUUGAGGACCUGACAUCCCUCGCAGGAGGUGGGACAGCCAGUUGGCUCCAUGUAUCCAUUCUUCAGAGAACCUUCGCCCUGGACAUGUUGGAGUACGUCCUGUCACAUUACGUUCCUGUUUUCAGAAAGCUGGGACCUUAUCAGCAAGUUCUGCGAGGACAGGUUUGUUCACUGCUGAUGACCUCAAUGCGCACCUCUGGGGACCACGAUGGUGAAGGUAGUGAACCAGCAUAUCGGAGGCUUGUCUUGAGGACCGUGGCCAAUGUGACCAGACUUUACAGCACAAUCGUCACUACAGAAUGUGAGGUUUUUUUGAGCAUGCUCAUCAAGAGUGCAGACUUAGAGCUGCCUCUCUGGCAUCGCAUUAUGGUACUCGAGGUGCUGAGGGGCUUCUGCGUCGAGGCUAGAAUGCUGCACCUUUUGUUUCAAACGUUUGACAUGAAGCCAGAGAACACGAGUUUGGUGACAGACCUUGUGCAGGCACUGGCAAACGUCGUCAGAAGCAUACAGCUCCAAGAAGUGAACGAAGACACACUCAAUGCUGUCGCGGCGAUGUUCAACAGCAAAGCCAAAGGUGUAGAAUGGACCAUGGACCAUGAAGCCAGUGGCGCAGCGGUGAUUGUAGCAAGCGAGGCACAUGCCAUCACUCUGGCCGUUGAAGGCCUUCUGGGAGUUGUGUUCACGGUAGCAGCCAUGACUGACGAGGCUCUAGAUGAAGGGGAGCUGGAUUCUCCAAGGCUGGAGCGGGCUUCUUCUGAUAUGAAGCUAGUCGGAGGGACCGGGAAAGGUGGAGAGCUGGCUUCAACUUGUUCAUCAUUGGUCCAAGCAGUGUGGCGUACACUCUUGGAGUCCCUUUCCCUUAUGCUGUCAAGGUCACAAGGUGAAGCCAUUGUUUUAGAAAUCCUGAAAGGAUAUCAGGCUUUCACCCAGUCGUGCGGUGUGCUUCGAUCGGUUCAUCCUCGAGAUGCUUUUCUGUCUUCUUUGUGUAAAUUUGCUCUUGCUCCACAAGAUGAGGGUUUAAGCGCCUCGUCGUUGCUACUUGCUGCUGGAAGGCGCUUUGACCCGGGCUCAGAUCAGAGGGAAGGUGUUGUGCUGACGGUGAAGAAUGUGCAGGCUCUCCGCACACUUUUUAAUAUCUCUCAUCGACUGAAUUGUGUCUUGGAUAGUUCCUGGACCAUGGUUUUGGAGACUUUAGCUGUCCUGGAUAGGCUGAUUCAUUCCCCUCAUGCAACGACUCAGGAGGUGUCCUCAUAUGGAGCACGGGGCAUUGAAGGAAGGCAAGCUACUGAUUUUCAGAUUCUCUCAAGCCUCGAUGCUCAGCUGUUCGAAAGUUCUGCCAUCAUGUCCACCUCAGCCGUGUGCGCCCUGCUCGGUGCACUGCGGCAAGUAUCCAACAAUUCCUUGGUGGGUGUGGUUAGUGGUCUGGGCUCAGCCGCUUCCGGCAGCAGCAGCAGUAGUGGGAUAACCAAUGCAAUUGGUGGAGCCACCUUACCGAAAAUAUUUGGGGUUGAUCGUAUGCUGACUGUGCUCACGCACAAUCUGCAUCGAGCAGAUCUUUUGUGGGACCAGGUGUCGGCACAUCUCUUUGAGCUAACAUUGCAUGAAAGCUCGCAAGUGCGGGCAGUUGCUCUAGAUGCGCUGGAUCGAUCGAUAUGUACCGUUCUUCCAUGUGAACGAAUCCGCCAAGACGCUGCUGCAUUUGUCGAUGCUACUGGGGAGGGGAAGGACGACGACUUUGGGCAGUUUGUCAGUACUGUUUCUGUGAGUGAAUUAGGUACAGCAGAGAAGACUUUCACAUCGCCUAGGAGAUCCAGAUUACUGGACAGCAAAGCCACAAAUUUCCGUCUUGACACUUUUGAGUGUGCAGUGGUAGCACCCUUGAGUUCACUUUACAAUUAUGGUCAUUCUCUGGAACUCCGCUGUGGCUCCUUGAAGAUUCUCCUGCAUGUGUUGGAAAGGCACGGAGAGAAACUGUAUCAUAGUUGGCCCAGCAUUUUAGAGCUCCUACGGGCAGUUGCAAAUACUUCUGAGAAGGACAUAGUACCUUUGGGAUUCCAGAAUGUACGUGUUAUCAUGAACGAUGGGAUGCUGUCCAUACCGGCUCAUGCACUUGACAUGUGCGUUGAAGUUGCAGGAGCUUACGGUGCCCAGAAGACUGAUGUGAAUAUAAGCUUGACUGCAAUUGGACUCCUAUGGACUGUUGCUGACUUUUGUGCUAGAGGUGUUGACCACGGAGUCUUCGACGGCGGGGAAGGGAAGACAAGGCACAAUAGUCAGGCAGAUGUAAGUUCUAGGCAGGCGAGUCCUAGAAGACCCUCUCUACAAGCUGCCCCUGGUCUCAAUAGGCUUGAUAGCAAAGCGAUUGAACAUGCCAAAGACAAUGUCCCUAAGGGGUUGACCAAGAGGGCCGACAUGGACUACGAUGGGUUGCUUCUGGCUGUUUACGGUGUCAUUCAGGGAUUGGGUACAGAUGAGAGACCAGAAGUACGAAAUUCAGCAAUCAGAACUCUAUUCCAGUCAGUCAGCGGCCAUGGCUACAAGCUUUCUAUGUCUAUGUGGCGACACUGUCUAUGGAACCUUAUGUUUCCUUUGGUGGAGACUGUGAGGCAUCUGGCAGCCAUUUCUUCGAAGGACGAAAUUGGAGAGGAGCUUGGGACCCAAGGAGGCAAAACCGUCCACAUGCUGGUUCAUCAUAGUCGUAAUACUGCGCAAAAGCAGUGGGAUGAGACGAUAGUGCUUGUACUUGGGGGAUUGAGCAGGUUAAUAAAGCCUUACUUUCAGUUCUUUCAAUCAAUGCAGGACUUCGAGAAAGGCUGGGAAACUGUUCUGAAAUUCAUCAAGGAAAGUGUCGUGGAAGGCAGUAAGGAAGUUGGGCUUGCUGCAGUUAGCUCAUUGCACAACAUUCUCCUGUCUCAGCUCACCAAGGGCAUUCUUCCCAGUUUCUACUUUAACACGGCUUUCGCAACCUAUGAAACUAUAGUGUCUAGCACUCGGACGAACGAGAACAGAGUGGCAACGAAGGCACGGCAGGAGCUCGUGCAGAGUUUAGGGGAGCUCUAUUCUCAAGGUUCCUCUAUGUUUGAGUCGAAAACAUACCUACAGCUGUUAACCAUGGUGGAUGUAUGCACCCGAUACCCACUAACUAAAGGGGAAACGUCUCAAGCUGCUGCCGGAGUUCUUCUGCCACUGCACCGCACUGUGCUAGAGGUUCUUCCUCUGCUGAAGCCACUCGAUGAGAAAGUACAACAUCUAUGGCCUCUGUUUCUUCGUCAGAUCUUAUCGUACCUGCCAGGGGGUGACCAAUGGAUUGGAGAGCACUGCAUCUUUCGAUCAGCUGAUCUUACCAAGAGCUCACAUGAGAGUAUUUCUGCAGGCGUAUCGGUCUCUACAGCUCUAACCAUGAACGGCCAUGGUGUACCCAAGAUUUCCCCUAGAUCGAGAAACUCAUCCGCCAAAGACCUUAGUGCUGUGUCCGCAAGUCCAGAUUUCUCAGCAAUUCCAUCAGUUUUCUGUGAAAGGGCUGUGGUUGUGUUGGUUCAGAUCUAUCUUGUAGCGCCUUCUUCUGUGAAAGUGCUCGUGCAACCAGAUGUGAUCGCGUCACUAGGAAGAUGCAUGGCCACACGUCGAGAUUUUCCAGGAGAAGAGCUGUGGAGAGCAGCGGUGGGUAGCUUCAAUCAGGUUGUACAGGAAUCCCUCAUUCCCGAUUCAUUGGAAUUCGCACAGUCACCGGACGGCAAAGGGCAUAGCAGGCACAGGUUUUGGAAUCAGCUCGCCGAUGUAUACGAGAACUUUUUGGUUGGUGCAUGUGGGCGCGUCUUCAGUAGUACAGGUGAUGGAACUGAUACGCAACAAGCUGAUGAGCUUCUUGAAGCAAGUGUACUCGAUGUGCUUUGUGAGAAAGUUCUCAACAAUUGUCAAGAUGCCCCAAAUGAGGUGGUUGCUCGUCUCGUCGAAAUUAUAGAUCGUUGUGGGGCUCGGAUAUCUCUUCUCCCUCUACCGAGCGUGUCACUUCUACCCAUUCACUGUGGGAGAUUCUCUCUUGCAUGCCUACAAAAGCUGUUCAAGCUUUGCGCCGUGCAGUCUUCAAUGACAGAAUCGUCCUCACAGGUUAUGGUUAGCCGAGUUGCAGUAUCUGUGUUGGUUGGAAGAUGCAAAACAAUUCUUUGUCAAUUUCGAGUUGAUGAGAAGGAGACUGGUGGCAAGAACUUGCCUCUUAUGCGGAUUGAUGAGGUGAAAUUAGUGCUUCAGGAGCUUGACCGUCUUCAGCUUCACCCUCUCACGGCCGGAGCACUGGAUUUGCCAAUAACUCGUAGAGAGCUGUCUAAACCCUCUGGAUCAAGUACCCAACCCUCGAACUCUGGUUCUGAGACGAAAAAGAACAGUAUGGUCUGGAUUAGAGGUCACAUUUUGUUGCUCUUUACACCUCUUUGUGAUUUAGUUGGCUCACAAGUUAGUGGGGUCAGUGAUCUGCUUGUUGUUCUGCUGCGAAGUCUUGGCACUGAAUUGGGCUUAUGAAGAUAGUCAAAUCCUUUGAACCUUGGUAAGGGUUCGUCACCUCAAACAACACAUGUAUAUGAUCGACUGUUAACAGUCGUGGAUUCUUUUCAUAGAAAUCAUUUCUUAUACAGUUCACUUGAUUUUAUAUUUCUUUACUCCAAUAUGGUUCGGAAGUUAGACGUUUGUAUCAUCACACUGACUAUGACACAAGCUCAGGAAUUUUGACCAUCUUCAUUAGCCCAAUUCAGUUCCUCUUGUGCUGUAGUGUUACUCUGGAGGAAAAAGAGAGGCCUGAGCAACCUCUUAUGUAGUGAAAACCCCAAUUUAUACCGAUUCUUUUUAUAGGACAGUGAAAGCUGCCUCACCUCAAAAUUCUGACUUUGUUAAAGUCUGGAAAUCCAAUUUGAUCAUUUCUGAUAAAAAAUGACCAAAAAACUCAGUCACUUACACAUUCGCAGUGUUCAAUAGAAUAUUGAGAAAGGUUUCAUUCUGCAGAUAGUGACAUGAUGUUUCAGUAUCAGAGCUUAUGAUUCUUAGAUGGAAUCACUGCAAGAAAGAAAGUUACUUUCAGUAAUGCACAUUCAUUCAAUGUUAGCUGAGGAAAAAGGUUUCUCGGUGUGUACUGUUGGUGU